UCUCAGCUGCAGUCGGUGACUAACGCGAUGAGACCCCACAAUAAAAUGGCAGUCUUUCUCGUAAUUGCGUUCAUCUCGUUUCCUCCAAGUGUCCUAGCUGAAAGCGGAUCAGGUUCCGACGAUUCUCUGGAUGACUUUGUGAACUGCACGUCCCAGAUGACCAUGGCUCAGAAUUCUCUGGCCUGCCACUUUGACGAGGGCAUCGCUGCUGAUGUGAAGCGCAUUCAGCUAUGCGAUUCCCUGAAACGUAACUGCGUGAAGCUCAGCAACAGAACAGAAGAUGGGAAGACCUUCCAUUAUGUGAAUCUGAAUCCCGUUAGUGUAUAUAAUAUUUGCAUCACACUGAAAUCCAAAAUGAAGCUCUGCGACCAUAUUAAGCUGAAAGACAUCAUCAAACCAUUCCCACCUUGGAUUGCCAAUGCCACGUUCGUGAAGAGCAUCAAUGCCGCUGAAAUAAGAAUUGAAACGCACUAUGCCAAUGACUACUUGGAUCGGAAACUCGUCUUCCAAGUUGAGAUUCGUGGAAAUGGCACUGUGCAGAAAACGGACAUCCUCUAUCAGUCUCUGCGGGUAGAGGGAAAAUAUCUGGAGCCUAACACCCUGUAUCACGUGAGGGCCCGAGCCAAGCCUCAGGGUGACUACUUCCAAGGCUUCUGGAGUGACUGGAGUGAUCCAGUUGCCUUCAGGACGACCAAAUUAGAGGUUCCCGAGAAGGGAGGACCAAAUAUACUCCUCUACGUUCUCAUAAUUUCCGUGGUCGUCUUGCUGCUGAUCACCAUCGUCGUUGUAGUGCAAUGGAGUACAGAAAUCAAAGCCUCCAUCUGGCCAAGUAUCCCAAACCCCAAAAAUACCUUGGGUCAUAUGUACAAGAAGCCAGGCAAGGAUCCUGUAACGAGCUUCAACCCCGAGGCCUUCAGAGACCUGCCCAUCCACUCCGUGGACGCCCUCGAAGUGAGGGUGGUGGACGAAUCCCUCCUCCUGCCCCCCGGACCUCAGGACCUCCCGCCUGGCAGGGAAAGCAGCCCGCGCCUCACCCUGUCCGGCUCCUCCUGCCCUCCUGGGGAAGCGCAGCCCAUGCUGGUGUCCAGGGAAAGUGGGCAGGAGCGGAGCCAGGCCUGCCCGGCUGCCAGGACCCCAGGGGAAUGCAUUUCCGUGCCGACAAGCCGGAGAGAUGAGGCCUACGUCACCAUGUCCAGCUUUAACAAAAACCAAUGAGCUGCGUGCAGGGGGACUGGCUAACUUUAUGCAACUUCAGGGGCCUAAAACCCUCUUAGCUGUGAUUAGUUUGGCAAAGGCUUCUUGCCAACCACACGAACACUUCUUAUGCUCCUUCUGGCAAAGUGCUGAUAAAGGUGACCACUGUCAAAACUUUCCACCAGCUUACCUGAGGUGCUGUUGACUACUGCUCCUAAACUUUCAGGACAGGGCAGGGGAUGAUACCAAUUGGAUGAUGAUACUGAUCAGCUGUAGAUUAUACUGUUGAUUCCCUUCCUUUUGUUGGGCUUGCUAAUAUCAUAUAACGAAGAAGGAGGCCAGCACCCUCUGAUCAGUGAUGAUCAAAGUGCAGGGCAGGCGUGUUUCACAGCUCUUCCAUGCAUACUGCUGUUAAACCGAGCCGGAGCUUCAACGUCUUCAUGUAGCUAAGCUUUCCAUUUGCACACUAACUGGAAUCAACUGCUGCUGUCGUUUUAAAAACUGGUCAGAUGGGGCACAACCCUGCAAGGAGGAAUCCAUCCUUCUACUACAGCCAUUCCAUAGUACUUGGUAUUUUAAAUGUUAAUCAAGGCCUGUUAUGUCCAGGCUAACUGAGGUCUCGGUCAUAUGGAUUUUAAAGGUUCAGAUGUAUACUGUAGGGUUUUAGUACUUAAAGGUAAGCAUGAGACUGUUACAGGUUUCAUUUCAGUAUGGAUCAAUGGGAAUCAUAAUUAUUUACAUGGGGCUCCUUCAGAUGUAUGCCAGAGACUUAUGAAACUCUCAGUAAUGCAUAGAUGUAAAUCUUAGCCUUCCUUCUGCAAGGAAGGCUGGACCACUUGACACACUCGUGCACUUUUGUCAUGUAAAAUGGGCUUUAGACUUCAAAAGAGUACUAAGGAGCAUAAAAUCGUCAAUCAGACCAGGCCACCUAUGCAUUAGUAGUUGAAGCAAGCAGAAGAACACAAGUAGAAGCUGGACCUUCAAAGAGGUGCCAUUCUAGACUGCUACAAGAGAAUAUUUACUAUACUUUUUAAAGAAAGCAUUAAACCUCUUCCUUGCCAUAACCCACAACACUACAAUUCUGCUUUCACAUCACUUUAGUGUUGUAUUCGUUUUGUAUUCAUGCAAAUGACUGUUUACGUGCCCCCUUGUACUCAUCCCACUGCAGAAUUUAUGUUUGAAAGGACACCUUCUACUAUUUUUUUUUUUGCUUGAAAAUGGUGGAAAACUGAGUUUUAUGCUUUGAGCAGCAAUGUGCAGUAGCUGAACAAGGACUGGGACUGCGCUGGCAGAGCCUGGAGAUAUUAAAUUAAGCGGUUUCCUUGGCACGGAAAAUCCAACUGAAGACAUCAGGUACAUAUUAAUACAGCAAAUUAAAAUGUGUACCUUCAGGUGUCCAGCUGUUCUACAGGGGCCUGCAAUCUGCUGAUUAAUGACACCUCUGCAAAGCUCAUAAGCAAGCAAUGAAAUGGUUAUUGUUGUGUGUCCCUGAAGCAAGUGUGUAUGACCUUCUUUGAAACGCUUAGAGUUGCUCAAAAUAUACUAUAUAUUAAAAUGCAUUACAGUACAUGUACUGUAUUUCUGAAGGCUUUGCAGCUCUUAUCUGAUGUUGACUCAGAAGUUGGCAAUCUGGUCAGCUUUGCUCCAGGGUUUCUGGGAAAAGAAGUCGCCUCUCUCUCUCUGCAGAUGCAGCACCACUUCCUCAAUCCCUCUUCACCUUUCCAGUCAACUGUCCUUGUCCAUUUCCGAUCUCUGAUCUUCAAGCUGCAAAAUGUUAUCUUGGAGACCUGAUUAGAAUGUGUUUGACUGCAGAUCAUGGCUUCUGUUGGCAUCUGUCACCUUCAGACAAAGCGCAGGACUGUUUUCUACUUCCUUAUGUCAGUGGAGAAGACUGAAUUAUUGCAUUGAAGGCUUAGGAUUAGUCCCUAUGCGUUAUUGCCAAUAAUAAUAUAAAAAUAAAUGGUUAUGUUUUUUAUAGUUAUGUUCUGGCUGUUUCUAAAAGGCUUAAACAUCACCAAUUUAACCUUUAAUUAUUAUGCCCAUUGAACAGCUGAGAGCCUUUUGCCAGAAUGUGUCCUACAACUGGGGCUUGUAUUUCUUUUUUCUUUUAUGUUUCUAUUAAAGUACUGUGGUAACCUGGAAUGUCUUUUUUAAUACUUUAAUAAGUAUGCUCAGCCACAGCUUUUGCCUUUAAUGUGUAAGGGAAACGACACUUUUACACAUUUGCUUGGACAUGAAUAGAAAAUGGAUUUAACAACGUGCCUUUACUUUUGAUGUUUGAUAAUAUGAAUUAUAAGCAGGGGGUUCAAAGUUUCUGUACUAACAUAUAUACUGUACACACGAGGUGAACAUAAAAUGAAGUGAACAAUUCUAUUGCUCCUUUGGUAUAUACUGUUUAUCAAACUAUAUUUGUUCAUUUUCAUGGUAAUGAUUCUGGGUGAAUUAUCUGGAGUUUGGAUGGGGGAUGGCAAUAUUUACAUUUUAAACUCCAUGGUGUAUUUCUUUAUUGUUGUACAGUAGCAUAAUGCCUUCACAGAACUCAAAUGUCAGAAACAGGGGAGUGUAUACUUAAAUUGUCUUGCUGCUGUUUUAAUUUUAUGUGCAUUAUUACAUGUAUUUCUUAAUAAAUACAAGUUCUGAUAAGUAAUAUGUGCAUUGUUACUAGAAAUAAUAUUUACAAAAAUCUGUAUUCAAGAAGUUGUUUUUUGGGUUCACAUUAAAUUUUUUUUUUUUUACUGUUAUUCUUACUGCGGUUGCAUGUAUAUUUUUCUGCAAAGACUUUGCACUGUGGAAACCGGCUGAUAAGUGAAGUCAUUGCAAGUAUUGUAUUUAUUGAAUUAAAGACCUUUGUCUUCCCUU